GAUGAGAACAGACAUUUGUUUUAUUUUAUUAGUAGCAUUUGUUAGACUCUCUGGAAAACCCACAUGCUAUAUCUUAACUCAAAGUGGUGAACACAAGCGUGAAUGUUGUCCAAAUUAUGAAGCAAAAGGAAAAGAUUGCAUUCCUUGUUCCAAAGGAUACACAUCAGUUAGAGGAAAACACUGCAUGCCCUGUUCGAGAAACACAUAUGGUGAAAAAUGUCGACAUGAAUGUUCUUGCUCAUAUAAUGAAUAUUGUGACCACGUUGACGGCUGUGUUGAAUCUGUAUCACCAAAUAGUAUCAGUCUUAGUACUUCAGUGUAUGAAACGUCUGGUAAGUAGCAUGUAAAUUGACGUACACAAUUAUUAUACAUUGUAAUUCAAGUAUUUAUUCAAUUAUCUAUUUUGUUAGAACAAAACGUAACAAAAGAUAGAAAACUAAUAUAAAAAUAAGAUGUGUUAUGAUUGCCAAUGAGACAACU